AUGGUGCGAAAUUUUUAUCAACUUGUAUUAUAUCCGUUUUUUAGACUUAUUUUGCUUAUGGCCAUGGGCUUGGGCGCAAUGUACAUGAUGCACUUACUUGCACAGGACUACAAUAAAAUUCGCCAACCUGUUGCUGCAGCUGCCCGCGCACUCGCAAGUGCUAGCAACACGGUUGCACGACCGAAGCGAGACAACAACGAGGCAGUCACCAAAGUUUACAAGUUUUUUAAGAUGCCAGAGCAAUCAAUAAGCCUAAAUAUUGCCAACACAACUACACUCAGCAUUGACUGGAAACGUAUUUUAUCACGGGAUCCUUUCGAAUGUUUGCAAUCACUUAUAUGCCAGCUCAUGUCGGGUGCGGAGAGUCAUUCGCGUGAGGCUAAACUGCUAACGGAAUUCCUCGAAACGACGGUAGCAUUAGCGCCAACAAAAAUUGAACGCGCAUUCAACCGAGGUCUGGCUCUGCGAGGUGCUACCGAUCGCUGUUACAAUGAGUACCCAUUUUGUGUUUAUUCGGCAAAAACGAUGAUCAGAGUGCUAACGUGGUUUGUCGAGUCACCGAUUGAGGAAGAAUCUUAAUUGUCCAAUCGUAAAAUUGCAGGUGACACUGCACGAAAAGUCACAUGUGCAUGUGCAUAACGCGCGUUUGUUGAAAGAGAGCCAUACCCAAAAAAAGUAUAUUUAUAAGUACAUAUAUACGUAUGUAUCGAGAAACCGGCUUUAAAGCUUUGAAUUAACUAUUUAUAUUUACAUUUACUAUAAAUAUUAUCUGCACAUAUUUUCUUCUGAUGAGGUACUGAUGCCGUAUGAAUUUUUGAUCAGCAUAAAAGAAAAGCAGAUGUCAUUUCCCGGAUGGAUUAUCCGUAAGACAGUGUAGGCAACUGCCUAGACACCUCGCGAAAGUGUUGCAUCGAUUGAAAACUUAAUUUGAAGAUUUGUAUCCUCAACGCCAAUAUAUUGCUUUCUACGAUGCGAUUUUUCAUUGCGUUGCCUAGGGGCCUCGACAUGAAUAAUCAGAUUCUGGUCAUUUCUGCUUACUUGCAUAAUUGCAUAUAUUUUUGAGUUAUGAUAAUCUUGAAGCAAAGGAGCGAUAUGUAUAAACAGUGCCGGACAAAACAUAUUGAAGAAAGUAUUAAUAUAAACUCAUUGUCAUGUAACUUAAAAGAAUUAGCAAAUGAAAUUAAACAAAGACCCUUAAGACUAGGUUUGAUAAUUAUUUUUAAUUUGAAUUAUAACCAAAAUUUUUGUUUACAAAUUUGAAAUAAAUAAACAGAAAAGCCAAAAAUUGCGCAACAAAA